AUGGCUUCGCGCAGUGCGGCCGAGGAGAUGGAACGUCUCCAGUUGUCGGACGAAGACACCGAGGAGCUCUGGAACUCGCCCUCCAAACGGGGAGCCCACAAUGCACCCAAUCCACGAUCCUCCGAUGAGAAGAUACCACCUACCCAACCCUCGCACGAUGCCGGCGACACCAUGUUUGACCGCGAAGAGGCACGAGAGGCAGCGCUACGGAACGAGCUGCAGAGCGUGCGGCAUAUCAACGAGGUGCUCGAAGGACUCUUGAGCAGCUUGGAUCGCGCCAAGGGAAACAUGGAGACGGUCUCGAAAACAGUCACAUCUGCAUCGACGCUCCUGAAUACCUGGACGCGAAUCCUCUCGCAGACAGAACACAACCAGCGCCUCCUCCUCAACCCCAACUGGCAAGGCGCCACACAAGACGUCGCCGAUAUUGAAAACGAAGCAAUGCAACGACAACAAGCUGCGGAACGGCGCGAACAGGCCCUCCAGCAGCAGCGAGAGGCGGCUGCUCGCAAGGCGGAGGAAGAAGAACGACGACGCAUCGCGACGGGCAAGACCCGAGGAACCACGCGUGGUCGCGUCCGGAGCACGGGGCUGGGACGCACGCCCAGUACCAGUACGAGCACGUCGCGCACAACCGCUACGCGCGGGUCUACGACAGCGACACGGCGGCCAGCCAGCGGGAUUGCGCGCGGGAGUGGCGUUUCCCGCGCAAUGAACUUCGCUCCCUACCAGGACGAGUCCCCCGAGAUCGAGCGGGCUCUGUCCCCUCCCCGCGGCGACCGCACCAAGUCGCCCAACGGCCGCUCGCCGCGCGCGUCGGCAGACCUGCCGCCUCCCAGUCACUUCGCCGGCGGAAACGGACACAUGGGGCUCGGACGCGAUGUCGAAGGUGGUCAUGUCAGCUUGGGAGCGUUUGAGACUAGCCUGCCCAUUCGCAUGGAUGUUGAGGCCAUGCUGGCGUAUCUGCUGCUGCCUCCGGCCGGAGGCGUGUUCUUGCUGCUAACGGAGCAUAAGAGUGAUUAUUCUAGCAUGCUGUUCACCGUCAUCUUUAUACUCCAUCUCAUCCUUGCCUGGUCCAGCUUCUUGUCCUGGACUCUCUUUAUCAUCGACAUUCUCCUCAUCAGCUUUCUGAGCAUGAAAGCAUAUCGGGGUGUCGACACCCUCGAGCACUUUGAAGUCCCACUCUUCGGUCGCCUGGCCAACUCCUUUGUCGAUGAUGAAUAA